AUGGCACCAUAUGAAGCAUUUUAUGGUCACCGGUGUCGAUCUCCAUUAUACUGGGAUGAGGCCUCCGCAAAGGUCAAGCUUAUCAGAGAAAGGGUUAGAGCAGCUCAGAGUCGGCAUAAGAGUUAUGCAGAUACUAGCCGACGGCGACGGGAAUUAGAGUUUGAGAUCGAGGAUAAGAUAUUCCUGAAGAUUGCCUCGAUGAAAGGGGUGAUGAGGUUUGGGAAGAAAAGGAAGUUGACCCCUCGGUACAUUGGGUCGUUUGAGAUUCUAGAGAGAAUAGGUCCAGUUUCUUACCGGGUGGCGUUGCCCCCAGCACUAUCCAGAGUUCAUGACGUGUUUCACGUAUCCGUACUAAGGAAGUACAUGCCUGACCCUUCACACGUGCUCAAUUAUGAACCUCUGGAGAUUGGGGACGCAUUAUCAUAUGAGAAGGCAUCGAUUUAG